AUGAAACUGCUCGUCGUGCUCGGUCUGCUCUUCGUCUUGGCUCUCGCCUGCGACAAAUUCGACAAAAACGUCAACCUUUUCUGCAAGUUCGGCAGCGAGACGAAGCCUUGUCUCGUCAGUGACGGUCAGCCUUUUUUAUCAACUUCGAUAAAUCACCAAAUUCCUAAUAAAAACUUUCACCGUUUCUUAAUGGUUUCAAAAAAAAAAAAAGAACUUUGUUCAUAAUGCUUCACGAAUAUAUAAAGACUAGGGAUGCUUGGACUGUUCGGACGGCAUUUUUUUUUUGGAAUGUUAGGCCGUAUUUCCCAUUUGUAAAAUACGACCUUGAGGAUAAUUAUCACCUUAAUUUUUCUUCCAUUGUUGUACACGGCGCUCCCAAACGGGGUGGGUAGACGUCAAAAAAAAAAAAAUUGGCGCGAAAAUUCAAAUCUCAAAUACGCAGCCAAAGGCGAUUGAACAAACAAGUUAGUAAUGUUGAAUACUCAGUGUAAUUUGUGAUGUAUACUGACGUCAUUUUAUCAGGAGCGCGCACUUGCUUUUUUUUUUGUAAAUUCAGUAACUUUGACGCCUCGCUCACCGUCCUCACCCCAUUAGGAAUGCCGUGUAUAUUUGAUAACCUUUUUUAGGCGUAUACAGAUUUUGAAAAAAAAUUGAACAAAUAAAUUUCAUUCAAGGGAUGUUUUUGAACCUUAAUAAAACAAAAAAACCCAUUCUUAUCACUGAAAUAAAAUAAUACGGAAUCCGAGAUUUUUUAACUUGAUCAAAAACCAAAAAAAAUCAAUCAGAUCGUUUAAAAAACUCAAAUAAGGUUCGAAUAUUCCAGAACUAUUCAAAAAGUCCAAGUUGGAUAUUUAGAAAAGCUCAGCUAAUGAUAAUCCCUGAAUAUUUCAUUUUUAAUGUGUUCUCUAUGUUUAGCACGUACACCAUAUUAGACCAGUGUCGGGAAAAUUUAACUUUAAAACUUUUUGAAACAGAAAAAGAGGAUAAGUUUUUUAAACAGCGUUGAAUGAUUUUUUUUUCAAAAAAUGAAGUGAAUUUUAGCCAUUUUAAGAGUCUUAUGGAUCAGAUCACUUCGAGUAAGGCUUGUGAGUGAAGUUGGGCCGGCCCGACAAGGGCUAUAGACCUUAUUUUCACGAAAAAAAUUUCGCGGGGCUUUCAGAUACAAUUUUUAAAACUGUUUCAAAAAAAUUUUUCUCUACUAGUUAUAUCAUAGUUUUUUUGUUGAAAAAAAGAAUCAAAAAAAUAAUUUUUUUGUCAUAGAAAUUCUGAUAUUUGAGUCGAAAAACUUGGGCUUUCAAAGUGCCCGGCUGACCGUUUUUGAUAUUAUCCAUCUUGCGGAAAGCUAGAGUGGGUUCGAUAGGAAGGAAAAAAACCCCCGAAUAAGAGACCCCUUUUGCCCCCCUUAUAGGACCCUCUAAAUGGUCAUUUAGGACCCACUAUAGGGAGUUUGCUGGAAUCGGCUGGUAGGAGUUCGGGAGAGAAAAAUUUUCGUUUUUUCCGGAUUUUACCCUUUUCAACACGUGUUAAAGAAAUCAUGCGUGUAAAGUGAAAAAAAUAAAAAAAUUUUUAUUGACUCGGUAACUCGUAAAAAAUCUACGAAAGGGCCUCCUAUAGGGUCUACUCCAAUUUUCUCGCUAAAGGAAGUCCUUAUAGACUCCCUAUAGGAUCCACAAAACAAUAAAUUCCCUUUAGGACCCACUUCAGCUUUUCCCAGUCCUUAGGGCGAAAGAAAUGGCCGGGCCGGCCCUCGCAAAAGCCUUUUAAAAAUGAAAAUUUUUUAAUUUUCGAAGAAAGUUUUUCAGUGAGCUCCCGAAAAUCGAGCUGCUGCUCCAAGCCCGGCGGCUGCAACUCGGUCGAGUUUACCAAGGAAAAGGUUAUUUUUUUGAAGUUUUGAAAAAUGUUAGUUUUUCCAGGCCUGCUGUUUCACGCAAGACUGCCUGAACCGCUGCUACCCCGGCAAGGAUUAUCAAGUCGGAACCGUCUAUUGA